UGCUCGGAGUCGGAGACAGAAACUACAACCGAACUGGGGACGGAGUCUUUCCUCGUCAUAGUUCUAGGCGAACUUUCGCUGCGGCCACCUAGGCCUUGGUAUUAACCCGGAGAGAGAAUAAUGCCUCCCCGCCCGCCGCCGCAGCAGCAGCAGAUGGGAGGCGCCCCUCCCGCCGUGCCGACCGCAAAAGUAGCAGGAAAAUGGCAGAAUCCGAACAUGGGACUGAAGGGCUGCAUCGGGAUAUCUUCCUGCGGCGAAAACACAGUUUGUAUGUACGGGAUCCCCUGGGCUGUGAUGCUGAGCCGGGAUUCCCAGAAUCCCAAUCGCUUUACCGGGUGCUGCUGCCUGUCCAUGGAAUACCAGCCGGGCUCCGAUGUCCUGCAGGACCAGGGUGGAGGGCAGUGGAAACGAUUCCGGUAGCAAGCUGGGGCAACAUCGAAGAAUAAAAAGUAAGAACCCGAUUCUGAUUCAAUUGCGGAGAAUGGUGAAACUUUCAAUAUGCGCACUCGGAGAGAUGUAGAUGUGUUGAGAUGGUUUGCUGGAAGUUUUCUUCCAGCAAAAAUGGCAUUCAAAACCAAACAAGCAAAGAGCUUUUGUUUCGGCUCUCAAUUUUAGUUUGAGUGGGGUAACAAUUGAUUCAACUAAGUCGGAUCGCCGACUUAGUCGUCCGUCCGGCCGCACGGACGACUAAGUCGGACUUUGUCGCGGGAAACUUCCUCCUUCAGGAAAUCGAAGAGCCGAGAACCCCGACCCGGGGUCCUGCCGUUCCAGCAUCUGAAAACCGUAUGAGAAAGUGCACUUUUGUAAGCGGAUUUUUGCGCUUUUGGCGUGUUUUUUUUUUCAGGGGAGCAUUCCGAAAAAAAAUGGCAAAUGCUGUUUUUUCUGCAUGACAGUUUCUGUUUAUGCAUGAGAGAUUAGCCCUUUCUGCAAUUGAAAAAAACUAAUUUUCCUUCAUUUCCUGCAAAAGCAAAAAAAAGCGAAAGUCCGCAUUUUUCAUUUGAGUACUUUUUUCAUCUGGAAAAAGUGCAACCUUUUUCAGCUUCGCAUUCACACUCGGCUCGGGGGGGUUGCGCGAAUCCCCAGCUCGGGGGGGUUGCGCGUUCGCCAGACGCGCAACGAACGCGAAACCCCCGGAGCUGGGAAUUCGCGCAACCCCCCGAGCCGGGAAUUCGCACAACCCCACCGAGCCGAGCUGGGAAUGAAGCUGAAAAAGAUUGCACUUUUGAAAGUGCGGGCUUUUGCUUGCGAACGCGCAACCCCCCCCGAGCUGGGAAUGUGAAGGCGAAGCUGAAGAAGGUUGCACUUUUUCCAAAUGAAAAGUGCGGACUUUUGCUUUUUUUUGCUUUUGCAGGAAAGGAAGAAAAGUUUGCUUUUUUUAUUGCAGAAAGGGAUAAUCUGUCAUGCAUAAACAGCAACUGUCAUGCAUAAAAAGUAGCUCUUGCCAUUUUUUUUCGGGAUGCUCAUGCCCACCCGAAAAAAAACACACCAAAAGUGCAAAAAUCCGUUUACAAAAGUGCAUUUUCUCAUAAGGUUUUCGCGUGCUGUAACGGCAGGACCCCGGGUCGGGGUUCUCGGCUCUUCGAUUUCCUGAAGGAGGAAGUUUCCGCCCGCGGCAAACUCCGACUUAGUCGUCCGUGCGGCCGGACGGACGACUAAGUCGGCGAUCCGACUUAGUUGAAUCAAUUGUUACCCCACUCUUUCAGUUUAUUCAUUGGGUGAUGUUGGAUGAAGUAUAGAUGGGC